GUCAGUUCCAUAAAAUAGACUUUACGUAUAAGCUUAUAAUACUAGAGCAGUUAUUUGAGCCAGUAUGUGUUUUACAGUGCUCUUUGACAAAUGAGGGAAAAACCCAAAACUAAAUAAAUUGCAUUUUUUGUCUUUUAAAGGAAAUUCGACAUAAAUCCAGUGACUACCCUCAUAGAGUUGCAAAAUACCCAGAAAACAGAAAUCGAAACAGAUACAGAGAUGUUAGUCCGUAUGAUCAUAGUCGUGUAAAACUGCAGAACACUGAGAAUGACUAUAUCAAUGCCAGCCUAGUGGUCAUAGAAGAAGCCCAGAGAUACUAUAUUUUAACGCAGGGUCCACUGCCUAAUACAUGUUGUCAUUUUUGGCUAAUGGUGUGGCAACAACAAACCAAAGCAGUUGUCAUGCUGAACAGAAUUGUUGAAAAAGAAUCGGUGAAGUGUGCACAAUACUGGCCAACAAAAGAAGAAGAAGUUAUGACAUUCAGUGAAACAGGUUUCCGUGUGAGGCUAGUAUCUGAAGACGUCAAAUCCUAUUACACAGUACAUCUACUGCAAUUAGAAAACAUCAAUAGUGGCGAAUCCAGGAUGAUCUCUCAUUUUCAUUAUACUACAUGGCCAGACUUUGGAGUUCCUGAAUCCCCAGCUUCAUUCCUGAACUUCCUGUUUAAAGUCAGAGAGUCUGGGUCACUAAGUCCUGAACACGGACCUGCAGUAGUUCACUGCAGCGCGGGGAUAGGACGUUCUGGCACGUUUUCGUUAGUAGACACUUGUCUUGUUCUG